AUGGCCAUGGAUCAAAAGAGCCAGAGUGCAGAGCCUGGAAGAGAUGAAGCCGGUGUUAAGAGAGCCCCGUGCGGCCUGGGAUCACGUGAGAGUGCUGUGGAUAAAACUCAGAGGGAAAAAGGUGAUGAUCACACAUUGCUGUCCUGUGUGAAAUUUACCAAAUCACAGGACAAGAAAGAUGUUAACAAGUAUACAAGGAAAAGGGAGGAACCGGAUGCUAGACCAGACUCUCCCUGGGAGCCCAGGGGUAGAAGCAGCACUUCAAAUGGGCACAUCUUGGAAAACACAGUGUCUUCUUAUGAAGCUGGACUUCCAGUGUGGAAGACCUGGCAACCUUUUCCAGAAAAUGCACUCUGGACAAGGGCUGAUUUCCCAAUUGCCCAAGGAGGAUACUGGGGCGGAUGUUGCUCCUGCAGUCAUCAUCUGAGUCUCAAGUCUUCUUACACCGAUACGGAUCUCUUCAAUACAUGGCGCAGCAGCAGUUUUGGGAAUUUUGAUCGCUUUCGGAAUAAUUCCAUAUCAAAAUCUGAUGACUCAACUGAGGUUUUAGAAGGGGAACUAACAAAUGGAAGCGAAGAACAAAAUAAAACUUCAAAUACUGGAGGAAAUCUAGGUAAAAAAAUGAGGGCUAUUUCAUGGACAAUGAAGAAAAAAGUGGGGAAAAAAUACAUCAAGGCCCUUUCUGAGGAAAAGGAGGAGGAAAAUGGAGAGGAAGCCCUCCCAUAUCGUAACAGUGAUCCCAUGAUUGGAACACAUACAGAGAAGAUCUCUCUCAAAGCCAGCGACUCAAUGGAUAGCCUCUACAGUGGGCAGAGCUCAUCAAGUGGAAUAACAAGCUGUUCAGAUGGAACGAGUAACAGGGACAGUUUUCGACUGGAUGAUGACAGUCCCUACUCAGGGCCAUUCUGUGGCCGUGCCAGAGUGCACACUGAUUUCACACCAAGUCCCUAUGACACCGACUCCCUCAAAAUCAAGGAAGCAGCUCCUAAGAGAAUAAAGGCACAGCGAAGCAGUAAAAGAGAGAGCACCAAGACUCUGCAGGAGUUCCUGGAGCAGAUUCACCUGCAGGAAUAUUCUUCAACACUUCUGCUCAAUGGUUAUGAGACCCUGGAAGACUUGAAGGACAUUAAAGAAAGUCAUCUUGUUGAAUUAAACAUUGCCAAUGCAGAAGACAGGAUGAGGCUACUCUCAGCUGCUGAGAGUCUCCUGGAUGAAGAAACCAACGAAGAGCAAGAAAAUGAACCUCUGCCUUUGUCCUUAAGACCAGACAUCUUAAGUAAGUCACAGUUAGAUGACUGCCCAAGGGACUCUGGCUGUUAUAUCUCAUCAGAAAACUCAGAUAAUGGCAAAGAGGACCUGGAGUCAGAAAAUCUACCUGACAUGGUACAGAAGAUGGCCAUCAAUGAACCCAGUGUCUGAACACAGGCUCCCAGCUCCGGAUCUGCAGCAGAACUCCAUUGGAACUGUUCAUCUGCUACAAGAUCAAAGGGAAUUGUUCCACAGGCAACCCAGAGUACAAAGUAUUCUAAUAUGAAUGACUGCACAUAAAAGUUUAUAUAUCUAAAUUCCCAUUGAGUGUGCAUACAAUGCAUAUUUGUUAAAUACUAUGUGUUAAAAUUUAUCUGUCAAAAAAAAAAGAGUUCCUCUGUCUAUACUAGAAAAAAGACAAUGCAAGAUACCAUGCCUGUGCAUGUAUAUGCUGUUCUUGCAUUUAUUUCGUAAGUGUAAAAAUAUAGUCAUGAAAACUGUGUAUUUAUAAAUAUAUUAUUGAAUACAUUUUUGAAUACAUUUCAGCUGAACUGAUUUCCACAGGCUGCAUAACACUCAUUGUUUUUAAUUGCUGGAAAAUGUAGGCUGAGAUUAGAUUUUUUUUUCUGAUCAAAGGUGGAGUUUUAGUAACAAUUUUCUGUUUAUUUCUUCACUCUGUUCCUUGAUUUGCAGAGAGUUAACCAUAUACUUCCUGUUUUGAUUUAGUAAAAAAUAAUUAUAGAAUGUUUUAUUUUAUAUGUAAAUAUUUUUAA